UGAUAACAUGGAAUGACGUAUAUACUACAUUCGAAGAAUAUAGAAUAGUUCUAGUUAACGUCAUAUAGUACUAUGCUAAUUGAUGUAGUCUACGGAAAGCGGAUAUAUAUUGACCUUUUGUCCUCCCCGUCGAGCAUAGCAUCUUUAGAUCUUUCAUUCUAUCACACGAACUACGAGAACCAUCUUGAAAUUGCAUCUUGAGAUAACCCUGCAAACAUGGCACCUGCAUACAAAGUCGGCGAUACUGUGCGAUACAAGCCUGUUGGAGGACCGGACUCCAAUACUUCCGAAAGUGUCGGCACCAUCAAGUCUGUCCUAACUGAGCCGGGUAACCAGGCCGGUCGGAACGUCGAUGCUAGUGAGGACGAUCCGAGAUAUGAGAUCGAAAAUAACAAUACCGGGAAGACAAGCACGAUUUACGAAAGUAACAUUCUAGGGAAGGCUUAGGCGAAUGAUUAGUUGAGAUCUGUCUUUGGUUGAAACGGACACGCCGAAUAGUUGAUAUGUCAAUACAAUAAUCACCAAGGACGAUCUUCUUCAAAAGAGUUUCCAGUCCAGAGCGUCUGUAUAUAGUAUGUCCAUAAUGCAGACUCCGUAAAUUGCAAAACGUGCGGUAUACUAGGUCUAGCUGUAUCCAGUAAUAGCUUAUAAGACAG